AAUUAAAUUAAGAUUUAUGAGCGACGAUUCUGAAAGUUUGGAUUUCCCUAACACUCCAUUUUACACCUUUGUAAUUUAUUUUAUUUACUUCCAUUAUUUAGAAUAUAACUGUUGGAUUAACAUUAUCAUUGACCAAAUUAUGUGCAAACAAGUGUAGAUUAUUCAAACCUGAUUAAGGUACUAAAUUGUCUGAAAAUGAUGUUUAAUGUGUCAGUAAUUAAUCUAUUUUAAUAAAUAACAGAAAAUUGUGCUGCCACCAUAAAUAACAAUUACUAAACAUUCACAAGUUCAUUAAAAGAGGCCAUCAAUUUCGAAGAUUCAUUUGGAGUUUUCGAACCAGAAGAAUGAAAUAUUACAAACAGUAAUCAAAAUAAAACAUUAUUUAAAGA